AUGGAUGGAAUUCACUUGACAGACCCAUUUCUAUGGGAUGUUAACACCGUUACAAAUGAAUUAUGCAGCCUCAGCCGUCCAUGCACACGAAAUCUGGAGAUAUUGGCUGCGAAACUUCGGGAAAAUGAGAUUGACGGCCAUACACUCUUGACGUAUGACCUCGUUGGCCUUGCCAACGCCCACGAACUACGGAAUGAACUCUUCCAGAUACUCAAUAUUCAGCUGGCGCGACACAAAAAUGCCCUUGGAGAAGCCAUCAUGAAGCUCCGGGCCAAGAGCCCUGGAUUCCGACAGUGGAAACUGGACAAUUUGGAAUUAGGCGGCCAUGAGGAUCCUGACAUGCAUAGCCGUGGUCGGGAAGGCACUUAUUCAACUCAAAUGACUCCGCAGUCCGAAUUCUAUCCCCCUUGGACAGCCCCAAGCAACGACACAAACAAGAUCUUUUCUCCUACACCUCCGCCGGCUCAAGCAACUGACGCAGGUUCUGCUACGCAUACGCCUGCAUUGAGUGCACUUGUGGCGGAUGCCAGAAAGAUCUAUAACAAAUCUGCCGACCUUCUCGCUCCUACGACGGAAACAGCGUCGGGCCCUCGACCCGCGUCACCCAUUGCAGAUCUGAAUCCCCCUGUGCAAGGUCUGAAGAGGAAAAGAGUUGCACCAGAACUAAUUCAAGAGAAUCCCAUCAAUGCACUGCCAGUCCCGGUUGCCACCGAGGCCGACACGCUAAGUGGUGUGGUCGGCGGGCUAGACUCUACAUUUCCGUGGGAUACUGCCGAUAAUUUUGCAUAUCUGGGACCUGGAGCAAUGGCCAGAAGUGAUGUUAAAUCGCAUGCGGUAACUUUGACUGACCAGAUUCAAGGGGACGGGGACCUGCUCUGCACUCCUGCUCCAACGCGGUUCCCACCAGGCAGACGGCUUACUAUCCACAAGGUCAUGAGACGAGUCUUGGUGAAGAAUGGCAGGACAAUAGCUCUUGCAGAUGCUGGAGUGAACAUGAACGUUGCCAGGCAGUCGUCUAGUGAACCUGAUAAGAUCCUCGAACUAGAUGACUUGCCGGAGGAUAUUGACGACGAGACACUUAGGGAAAUGGAAGCUGAGAAAGCGGAAAUGGCACAAAAAGCUCAGAGCAUCGACGGAACCAAGUUCUCAAAGCGACUUUCACUUGAUCGGGUGCAACAAAUUCUAGAUGAAGAGAUCUCGAACAUGACCGACCACUGGACACAAAACAAGAAGCCAAAAUAUCAGAACAAAGCUUACUCUCUGUGGAUCAAAGCAUAUAAAAAGGAUGACAAGCGAAAUCAGACUCUUGAAGCUCUGAGAAUAGCCAAAUUCUUUGAUGAAAGAAUCAAAAAGAUGGAAACUAGAAUUCUCGAACAAACGUGGGACAGAGAGAGUCACGUUCGGGCCCAAGCACGUUCUCUAGAGCAGACUGUUGAGGACAAGCUACACAUGUGUUGGGUAGCAGAGACGCUGGAAUCUCGAGCUCCACCAGCCAAGCCAAUAUCACUGCCCAAGCGUUCGGCCAAGCGGCCAAAGCCACCGGCAAAUGAGCUCUCUGAGGAAGAAAUUUUGACUAGUUCUGAGGAUGAAUCUUUCAUUGUCAACGAUGACGAAUCUCUCCCACCCAGCACCACCAUCAGGGAGGGUCACCCUGCUAUUCCAAUCCAAUUGAAUCGGACGCCAAGUCCUUUCCAGGCUGACUCUCCAGUGUAUAUCGACCUUACUCAAACCUCCUCCACUCGAGCCUCGUCGCCGGUCAAGAGAGCAAUCAAAGCCACCGAUCGAGUGGACCUGGCCACUCCAACAAAAUUGAGGCUAGAUAACACUCCGACGAUCAAACAAGAAACGAGUGCAGAGGAAUCAUCAAAACAAGAACAGGCGUCAUUAUGGAUGGAAAAGUACACUGACAUUGAGAAGAUUGUCAACACUCCUAUUAGCCGCUGGACAAGAGAGAAAGAGCGCUUCGCUCUGACAAUUAGCCUACUCUGGAGAAUGAGCCAUAGGCGUAGGACGGCGAUUUUUAAACAUGCUAAGGAUUGCGAGGUCCAAGAAUCGUUCAAGCGUACGAUUUUGAGUCACAUUUCGAACCCACUGAAAGAUUUGGAUCGGCUGAAUAGCGAAAGCCCAGAGUCCUUGGCGUUUGAUAUGUCGAGAUUGUUUUUGUGUUUCCUGAAGGCAAAAAAUCUCAAGGAAAGUCGGUUAGCAGACCUCAAGCCGGCCCAAAUCCACAAGCUCAAAGAGAGAGAAAACCAUAGCUCUUGGAACGUCUUUCAUGCGUUUCUCACGCGAAUUGCACCCUUCUUUCCUCAGGACAGCCAGAUCUACAGAGAAGAUGCACUGGAUGACGAACUACUCGGCGUCGAUGCAAGUGAUGAAGAAGCAUCCCUUCUUGACCCAAACGCCAAGAGGAAACCGCCACGAAAGAACGCGCCAAAGGAAAUCGUCCGGAACAAGGAAGCUGUGGACCUCAGAGAACGCGAAAUCCGUCGGCAGGAGGAGCAAGAGGCCCGAAGACGUCGGGUUCGAGCAAACCUAGGAGGAAGUGGACUGAUAUCGUCAGACAAGUCUCGAUUAAUCAUCAACGAGAGUAAGCAGGACGACCAGGCAUUUAUUUACAUCAACGAAGAGAUCGGCCACAGAAUCAAGGAUCACCAAAUCGAGGGUGUUCGGUUUAUGUGGGAUCAAAUCGUACAGGACCUGGAACUGCGCCAGGGCUGCCUCCUGGCGCACAGUAUGGGACUCGGGAAGACAAUGCAAGUUAUUACGCUGCUUGUCGCGAUUCAAGAAUCAAGUAAAUCCGCCGACCCAAAGGUUGUCUCACAAAUUCCCGAAGAUCUCCGUCAGUCGAAGACACUGGUGGCUUGCCCACCUGGGCUCGUGAACAACUGGAUGGACGAGCUUAUGACUUGGGACAAGGACCUCAUUCUCGGGGAUCUCCAUACGAUUGAAGCAGAGUCUCCUAGAGAAGAACGCGUUAACAUCUUGCAGAAAUGGUCCCGAACCGGUGGUGUUUUGGUUAUCGGAUACGCCAUGCUGCGCAAAAUGGCUGCCUUGAAGGAAGAUGAGAGUGGGACUCUCUUUGACGAGCCCAACAUUAUUGUUGCAGACGAGGCCCAUAACCUCAAGAACCCGGCCUCAAAGAUUCACCUUGCUUGCUGCAAAUUCCGGACUGGUAGCCGGAUUGCGAUGACGGGCUCACCUUUGGCUAAUAAUAUCGAAGAGUACUAUUUCAUGAUCGACUGGGUGGCGCCAAAAUUCCUAGGUCCAUUGAGCGAGUUCCGCGAAAUCUAUUCGAACCCCAUUCAACACGGAGUGGACCCAGACAGCACAGGUGCUGAGAAACGCAGAGCACUGAAAAAGCUCGAGGCUUUGAAACAAAUCGUUGCGCCAAAGGUGCACCGGGCUACAAUAAAAUCUUGUAUGAACAAGGACCUACCACCGAAGCAAGAGUUUGUUAUUUGCGUCAAACCUAAACCGUUGCAAGUUAUGCUUUACAAUCUUUACGCCCAGCUUCUUCAUGGGGAAUCGGUUGGCCACAUCGGGGAUGAGGGGACUUUUCGAAACUCCGUCUUUCGCAUUACAAACGACCUGGGAUUGCUAUGUAACCAUCCUCACGGAUUAUACGAGAAGGCUCGCGAGAGUCUAGACUCGCCCAAGGAGAAGAGUAAGCCGCGGGCGAGCCUUCCGGACAGCGUGAUCGCUGCGGUGAUGACAGCAUUAGACGGGACUCGCGCGAAAUCCCCCUCCCUAUCCACCAAAGUCGAGCUUCUCAUACAAAUACUGGACUAUGCCAAAAAGUUGGGAGACAAAGUGCUCGUGUUCUGUCAAUCAAUACCGACUUUAGAUUAUUUGACUGGCUUAUUCCGAGAGCAGAAACGUCACUUUAGCCGGCUGGAUGGGACUACACCCAUACCGAAACGUCAGGACCAGAUCAAAAAGUUCAACACAAAUCAGACUGAAGUAUAUCUCAUAUCCACGAAAGCUGGUGGCGUGGGUCUCAAUAUUCAAGGAGCUAACAAAGUGGUGAUCUUUGAUUUCGGGUGGAAUCCAGUGCAUGAGCAACAAGCCAUUGGGCGGUCGUAUCGAAUUGGCCAAACCAAGCCCGUUAGUGUCUACCAUUUCGUGACUGCAGGGUCAUUCGAACAAGACCUCCAUGGCAAAACUGUCUUCAAGUCACAGUUGGCCACGCGUGUUGUGGACAAGAAAAAUCCAAUCAGCUGGGGUAAGAGGGUGGCUGACUUGAAGCAUGACAUGAAAGAUGUCAAAAAGGAGCCAUUGACCCAGUUUCUCAAAAGGGACCGUAUCCUUGACGAGAUAAUAUCUUAUAGUGGCCAACAUGAUGUUAUUUGCAAGAUCAUGUCCACCGAUACCUUCGAGGAAGAGGACAAUAAGGCUCCUUUGACGGUCGAAGAGCAAAAAGAAGCUGAUGAUUUGGCCGCACUUAACAAACUUCGCUCCACAAACUAUGAAGAGUUUACAAGGAAGCACCGGGAACUGGAAGAGAGGGAAUUUCGCCAUGAUAUUGCCUUGCAAGCCAAUGCCCUCCAUUCGUCUGUGGACUACGGGGUUGUGUCUGAUGUCAGGCGAACUCUGGACGGUACUGUUGACGAUCUGAGAAACCCGACAACGUGGAACCAGUUGCAAGAGUUGCAAGCGCAAUAUCGAGCACCAACUACUGUGCCUUUGAGAACCGAAACGAGUGCAUUGCCGCAAUCUGGAAACACUAACGGGGGAACACAUCUGCCGACCUCAGUCCUUCUGCCCAUACCCGGGGCCGAUACAUAUUUUGGCAAGGAAAGCACUCAACCACCGGAGCCAAAGACUCCACAAGCAUCGGUACAGAAACGUUCUGUGUCCAUAUCUCCGAAUUCAGCGGCGAAGAGCUCGUUUAAUCCCUUCACUUCCCAGAAUAAGAAUCCAGGCAAGACGGAGUUUAAGCAAAAGUUGCGCAAUAAGCUGGAAACCAUUCCCGGAGAUCUCCUUGCAUAUCUAGACACGCCUCGCUUGGAAGUAGUGGACAAAGUUGUUGACACGAUAGAUGCAAUCCGCAGGGACCACCGAUUUGGGUUUCUCCCAGACAAUCAGCACUGGAAGACGCUUGGUAAUUUCGUUGAACAAGAUAAAUUUGUUCUGGCAGUCAUGUCUGGGCAGCUCGAGGCUUCGUAUCUGGCGCUUACUGAUGCAAAGGAACUGGAGAAAUAUAUUGGCACGUUGAACGGCUCAUCACAGCAAGACUUUGGAGCACAACUUGGGGGGCAGAUGGGACUUUCGACCAACGGCUGA